GAGCAUGCGUAGGUCUUUGGAUGAUGCGGGACAGAGAAUUAUCCGUAACUAAAUUCGCAGAAUUUUAAACAUUUACUGGAGGACAACAAUAAAAGGGAGAAUUUACAAAUAGGAAUACAAAAUCAAACAUCAUGCUGAGGUUUGACAGAUUCACUUGAAUAUCAUCAGCAUUUGACUGUGGAAAGAGAAACAUUCAUUGUGACUGUAGGAAAAGAUUUCACAUAUCAGUGUGACUGGAAAAGCACCGAGAUAUUCAAACACACACAAACACACACAUGGGCACCCGAAAGAAAAUGUUCCUGUGACUUGAUAGUGGAAAGAGCUUGAACAAGACACAUAGCCUGAGUGCAAGUGUCCCAGUCAACUGACUAUGCAAAGAAGUUUAACUAUUUACAGAAAUUGAAAAAAAAAGUAUCAUAUCGUUCUCAGCAGGGAGAGAUUAUUCACAACUCCUAUGCGUAGAUAACGAGAUACACAGACACAUGCUAUGGAGAAACCAUGGAAAUGUGAGGACUGUGGUAAAGGAUUCAAUUACCCAUCCCGGCUGGAAAUCCAUCGACGCAGUCACACUGGGGAGAAGCCAUUCACCUGUUCUGUGUGUGCGAAGGGAUUCACUGAUACAACCAAACUCAUGUUACACCAGCGAACACACACUGAGGAGAGGCCGUUUAGCUGCACUCACUGUGGAAUGACUUUCCGGAGUGCCUCCACCCUGCUAAGACACCAACAGCUUCACUCUGGGGAUAGGCCUUUCACCUGCUCAGUGUGUGGGAAGGGAUUUGCCCAGUCCUCAGGCCUUUGUACACACCAGCGAAUUCACAGCGAGGAGAAGCCAUUCGGUUGCACUUACUGUGGAAAGAGAUUCAGACAGUUAUCCGAGCUCAACGCACACCAGCGGGUUCACACCGGGGAGAGGCCAUUCACUUGCUCCAUGUGUGGAAAGGGAUUCACUCAGUCAUCCACCCUGCUGAGACACCAGCGAGUUCACACUGAGGAGAGGCCAUUCAGCUGCACUUCAUGUGGGAAGAGUUUUAGACAGUCAUCUGACCUCAAAGCACACCAGAGAGUGCAUACUGGGGAGAGACCGUUCAGCUGCUCCGCAUGUGGGAAGAGAUUCACUCGGUCAUCCCAUCUGCUGACACAUCAGCGAGUUCAUAAGUGACUGCAGUGGUUUGAUUCUUUUGUAAUUGCUGCUGUCACAUAAGUCGGAGAUGGAUCGUCUGACAAUGUCCUUUACAUCAAGGAACCUGAGCAAAACUGGAAGGAUCUGGUGGAUUUCAGUCCACCAGUGGAGUUAUACCUAAUACUAAAGAAGGCGGUUGUGGUUCUCAGAGGUCCAUCAUCUCAUUCCCAUGACAUCACUGCAGAGGCUCCUCAGGGUCAUCGUAUGCCCAAACAUCUUCAGUACUUCAUCAUAAAGGUCAGGUUGUUCACUGAAGAUUACACGAUAUUCAGCACUAUUUACAAAUUCCCAAAUACUGAAGGAGUCCAGGUCCUUAAGAAGCAAGACCUGGACAGUAUCUAGGCUUGGGCCAAUAAGUGGCAGGCAAUGACCAUCUCUGACAAUACAGAAUCCAACCAUCUCCUCUUGCCAUUCAAUUGCUUUACAAUCCCUGAAUCCCUCGCUAUCAAAAUCCUGCUGGAUGCCUUUGACCAGAAACGGAACUGGUCAAGCCAUAUAAAUACUGUAGCUACAACAACAGAUCAGCAGCAAGGAAUCCUGAAGCAAUUAACUCACUUCCUCACUCCCCAAACCCUGUCCACCAUCUACAAGGCACAAGUCAGGAGCGUGUUGGAAUGCUGUUCACUUGACUGGGUUAGUGCUGUUCCAACAAUACCUGAGACUUAAGAAGUCUGAUUCCAUAGGGAUGAAAUAAUCUGCUUGAUUGGCACCAUUGACAUAAAAGAACAUGGAUAUCAUAUGUCGUGAGCAUAGCAAGCUGUAUGUUUCACUCUGAGCCUAACACCAUCUUAACUAUGAAACAAAUCAUCAUUCACUGUCACUGGGUCAAAAUCCUGGAACUCCCUCCCUAACAGGAUUGCACCUGUUGCUACACCUAAAGGACUGCAGCAGUUGAAAAGGUCAGCGUAUCACGACAUUCUCCAGGGCAAUUUGGGACGGAUAUAAACGCCAGGCCUAGUGAAUGGCUACUAAAUACCAUGGACAAAUUUUCAGAAACUCUUACUUCUGCUAAAGUUAACAAAAUCUGUAACUGCCUUGAGUUAAUAUUCUGGAUAUGUCACAGGUUUUCAGAGCUGUGGUGUCCCUUCUUAAAAGCACCAUCUGUGAUUUUUUUUUUCCCUGAACUUUUUCUUCUUUAAAUCAUUUGUCACAGAAUCCUUAGGAUUCUUACGGUGCAGAAGGAGGCUAUUCUGCCCUUCAUGCCUGCAGCGGUUCUGUUAUCUAGUGCCAAUCUUCUGCCUUUUCCCCAUACCUCUGCACUCCAUUUCUGUCAACAUUAAUCAUCCAGUGCCCUCAUGAUUGCCUCAGUCGAACCUGUCUUCACCACAUUUCUAGGCAGUGCAUUCCAGACCGUAACUAUAUGCUUGCUUCAUUCGGACAAUACUUUAAAAAAUUGUUGUCUAUCCCUGAUUUUUCUUCAAGUGGUUUGGUAGGCCAUUUCAGAGGACAGUUAAGAGCAAACCACAUUGGUGGUCUUGACUUACAUGUAGGCCAAACUGGGGAAGGACAGUAGAUUUCCUUCCCUAAAGGACAGUGGUGAACUAUAUGGAUUUCGAAAAUGAUCAGCAAUAGUCUCUGAUCACCAUUAUGGAGACCAGUGUUUUUAAAAGUAAUGGAAAAUUCUCAAUGGGAGGCUAAUUUAUAAUGAGAUUAUGAACAUGUAUUUCAAUCCUAAAUUGAUCUUGGUGCAAAAUCUACAAUUCAGUUUCUGAAAGGUUUCACUGAUUCUCAUCUCCAAAUAGAAAGUGCUGAUUAGACCUUGCUGACAAUUCUUACUGAUUGGACAUUGUAAAGAUUGACACCUUGAUUAUGGAAUUAAAUGAUCAAGGAACAGUAUUGAGAUAUAUUUUAU